AUGAGAAUGAGGAAAUUAGGCAAAGGGCAGUCUGUUGUCUUCUGCGUCCCUCAGGAGAUCAGGUCAAAGAUCCUCUCCAUCAUUGGGAAGCCCAGCGGGUAUGACAUUAACGUAUCGGAAGUGCUCCGCUGGGCGGUCUUGGAGACGUGGGUCAACAUGCAACGUAGUAUACCGUUAUGGGCGAUUCAGGGAGAACAUUUUGAGCGCCAAAACAAUCUCUGGAGCAAGGCCCGCCGUGAUGGUGAGACUCAGAUGUCCAAAAACCAAGCGGAGGAAUUCCUCAAGCAGGAAUCCCAAUCUCUCAAGCAGCAAUAUCAGCCCCGUCCUGACAACAACGCACCGCCUUUUAUCACAUCCGAUAACGACGACAACAACAACAUCCGCCUUAUCUUGGAGAGGUGUCGCAAGUUUAAGAACAUAAACUUCCAAUCCACACAACUCCAAGAAGAACAGGAAAGACAACUCGCGCCAGAAGUCGAGCAGGAGCGACAAGUCCAACGGCCACCUUCAGCCACACCUGAGGAUCAUUCUGUUCACCCAGACUUGCGUCACUUUGUGACAACUGGAAUACUAAAGGAUGGAUCAAACGCAUUCAUGCCCACUUUCCGGGGGCUAGAUAAUACAUCAGCGGCAAAGCACUUGAACGUGUCUGAGCUUCCCCCCGGCCUCCUUGUCACUAGUGAUUUCGCUAGAACCAUUAAGGUCCUCACAGGUACCACCUAUUCUUUCGCCGGACGGAACAGAAAAACCAUAAAGCACAUGAUAGUCAUAAGCCCUUAUGAAGCGAACAAGCUCCACUCCAAGAUCCUGAAGUCUAAGAAGGUCACGAUGCACAUAUACGCGCCGCGCCAGAACCAAAUCUUCUCGGCCCUCGACAACCUCGGCCUGUAUCCUAUACCGCGGGCAGAUUCUGUUGUUUUUGACAUUCCGACCACUGUCAGAAUCCAGCUAAAUCUCUUCGCGGGUCAGCUCUAUAUCUCCUCUUUCGACGAGUAUCGUGAGAUAUGCGAGUUUCUUGGAGUCGCAUACUACACUGCACUAGAGGGUCUGACCGUGGCCGCGGACGGGUUUAUAGUCACUGCACCUGACAGGGCAAUGUUCACAAAAAGCCCGCUUAAGUUCUUGAAGGUCCUCAUGUCACAAAUUAGAAAGGAUGGGCAGGAAAUUGAUAAAACACACAUUGGGAAACUGUUGGAUGGGAAGUUGUUGACCAUGGAUAAUUAG